AUGGACUAUCCGUCCAUCCACGGCCAAGAUAUAUCUAGUUUCGAUCUAACUUCGACUCAUCGGUUGCCAACUGUUUCUGCGGCCCAGGCGCUUGAAGAUCUGGGGACUGAUCCUCAGCGAUUUUUACCGACAAAUAUUGAGGCUCUCGACCAAGCCCUCAAUGAUGUCAUUAGUGAGAGUAGCAGCACCGUACCUCGUCCUGGUGGCCUGCAGAAAGGCCAAGUCAUAGAGAUAUGGGGUCCCCCAGGAUCCGGAAAGACUUCGCUCGGAACCCAGCUCGCUGCAAAUGUCUUACGACAGGGUGAGAAGGUUGUGUGGGUAGAUGGGUUCCAUCCGGUAUCUUCCCGUAGGCUUCAUGAUAUGAUCACUUCUGUUUCGGCAUCAUUAACAGCAGAUCAAUUGGAUGAUUUCGUCCACUUCCAAGCACCGACCCUGGCGCAUCUUAUCGGUCUCCUAUGCAAACCUACGGCAAAUGCGAUUCCUAACAACACGUCCCUCGUCAUAAUCGACACCCUAUCAAGCCUGGUGAACUACGCUUUCCCUAAAAAUUCCGAGAUCCGACAGGCUCAAAAAGGGCCAGGACCUUCGGCUAGAAGGUUGCAAGUCCUUCAGUUCUUGAUUUCGACGCUUCAGAAACUUUCCGCUACGAGGGAUAUUUGCAUCGUAAUUUUGUCUCAGUGCGCUACUCGAAUGCAGUUUGAGCAUGGCGCUACUCUCAUCCCCGCUAUUAAUGCUGGCACUUGGGAACAGGGAAUUGCUACUCGGCUAGUUCUAUUUAGGGACUGGAUAAUGGGGAAUAACACGGUCCACAAUGUCCACUUUGUUGGCAUUCAGAAAUUGAAUGGUAAGAUGACCGCGGGGGGCCUCAGUCAAGUUUUUGCCUUUCAUGUCCAGAGCGACGGUCUUGUUGGUGUCGGCCUGGAUGAGAGCCAAGCAUCCUUGCCUCUGUCCCCAACUUCGCGACAUAAGCGAAAAUUAGGGCAAACCGAUUUUGAGGUUGCAGAUAGCGAAGAUGAAGACUAUGGCUGGGAAGAUGACGAUGAAUUAGAAAUGCCAAGUAUGCCACCCCAAUGGCAGGGAAGCGAGGACAUUCUUCUUGGACAGGCAGAAGACGAUGAUGGCCAGACUGAAGACGGAUUAGAACACCAACUCGGACAUUUAGAAGAGACUACGCUCCGCUUGGGUUCGGAUCUUGCCGGGGAUGAGGAGAGCGGCCCCAGCUAA